AUGAGGACUCCCAAAGUAGAUGGAGCUCAUGGAGGGGAGGACCUCUUCCGUGGUUACUUUAUCAGGGUCGAGGCUGCUACCGACCUAAGUGCAGCGUCGAGUCUCCUCGAUGAGGCUCAACAAGCCUUGAAUCGGGCUUUUGCACUCCAUCAGGAGGCAUUUUCAAAGUCCAGAGUAGAGCUGAGCCGAUAUGAGGCCGACCUCCGAGGGGUCAUGGAGGAGAGAAAUGCCUUUAAAAUUCUCAGUGGGCAAAAAGAAGAGGAAAUCAAGGACCUCCAAGCUGAGUUGUUACAGCAGAAGGUCAAGAGGAUCGAGCAAUUCCGCGAGGAGGUCAACAUGAUGAAGGCGGAGACCUUGGGGUGGAAAGAAAGUAUAGACCACUUUGCUGCUGAAAAAGAGUCUUCUCGAGCUCAAUUGUCAUCGGUCGAAAAUCAGCUUCGAGGCAUGAAGGACAAGAGAUCAGCUCAAGCAAAGAAAAUAGAGGAGCUCGAGGCUCGGUUGGCUUCCGAACUUGCAGAGGCCAAAUCUGAAGCAGAAAAGGCAAAGGCAGAGGCGAUCGUGGCCAUCUACCGGGCCGAUGCUGAAGCCGCUAAAGUCCAAGCUAGAGAGAUCCACGCUCGAGGUUUCGAUCUUACCAACGAGAUAAUAAAGGCUAAAGAGCAUGAAGAUGAUGCUAGGGCACUGGCCUCUUCCGAUGAUGAUGAUGAUGAUGGCGGCAAGAGUGGGUUCGAGAAUGAUGACGACUUCGAUGGUGAAGAAUCUUCCCCUGAGGAAAAUUAG